GAGGAGAUUUACCCGGUCUAGGUCAUAUUUUGUGUUCUUGUUGUGUGUUUUAUAUUACGGGUCGAGUGUGUCCAGGUCAAACCCGGUUAACCCACCCCGCUAUAUUUACACCAUCAUUUUUGGCGCCCACCGUGGGGCCGAUUUUUAAAGUUUUUUCGACCAGGUCAAAAAUUUGCCCCCACUAAAUAUCCACAAUCAUGUCUUCGAGCAACUACAACGCUGUGUCAAGCCAGGCUGCGAGUGAAAGCACCCCUGCCAUCCCAUUGAUGAUGUCGGGCAUAGGGACGACCUUUGCCCCGAUCACCACUGUAGGAUCGAUUAGCAUGAUCCCAAUCAUGUCAACCCCUACUCCUACGCCGACGACAACAAUGUUCCCAGGCUCGAUAACAAUGCCUGGUGGAGCAUUCACGCCAUACCCGUCAGCUUGGGCUCAGUUUGCUGCUGACCCGGCAAAUGCUCAGGCUCUACAGGGCUAUCAACAGGUGAUGGCCAUGAUGCAACAGGCAGGGGGCUUCAUGCCAUUUGCCUAUCCUAGCAUGACACCGCCAAUCAUGCCACCGCCGGUGUCGACCCCGUCGACAUUUGUCCCUAGGAUGGUCCCUAUACGCCCGGUGAAUCUGAAGGGGACCAUGAAUGAAGUAGUGCCCUCAAAUGUCCAUGAAAUUGAUGAGGCGGAGCAGGAGGCGGCCCGCAGGAGGAAGGGUAAGGCUAUAGCCAAACCCAGCAAGACUCGAGAUUCGGCGUUCAAACGCCUAGGGGACAAAGAGGAUGGACCCCGCAAGUCUGCCAAGCUACGUCUUGGUCCUGAGAUGGGCCGGACUAGCGCAAUGGAAAGACUUGGCCGGAGUUGUCACGCCCAAUCUCGUCGUUCUAGGGAAUCUAAGACGAUUCACCAAGACGAGGAGGAAGCAGAAAGCCAGCCGAGGGCGUCGGCAUAUACCAGGCUCUCAUAUGAUGAGGAUGACCUGGACAAGAUAGGGAGCGUAGCAAGGAAACUACGUGCCCUGGAGGAAAAUGUGGAAGAGAAGGCGGGAGCGAAAAAGCACACCUUGGCUAAAUCUCCCUUUUCGGCCAGGGUACAUGCACAGAGGUUGAGGCGGAAGAUUAAGCUGGACGUGGAGAAAUUCACAUGAAAGGAGGAUCCAAACGUCCACCUUGACACCUUCCACAAUGCAGCACAGAUGGCCGGGUGCACUGAUGCUUCGGAAUCCAGGGUUAACCAAAU